AUGUCUGGCUUUGGCGACUUCACUUGGAUCUGUGAGACGGCACCUCUGCCACUAUGCGCUUCCGUUGGACCUACGCUCCAAGCCACCGGCCGAACUGGUAUUCAGCCAGAAUGCUAUGCACGCAAUAUCGAACUUGCCAACACCAUCAUUUUCGAAGGCGCUGCGUCGGUGAUGCACAUUGUUGCGCUUAUUAUGACCGUCAUUAUGAUUCUCCACGUCCGUAGCAAGUUCACCGCUGUUGGUCGCAAGGAGAUUCUCAGCUUCUUCUACCUCUAUAUGCUUCUCACUGCCAUGUCUCUCAUUAUCGACGCUGGUGUUGCACCUCCGGGAAGCGACCCGUAUCCGUACUUUGUCAGUGUGCAGAAUGGGCUUAGCAGUGCAGUUAUCACAUGUCUCCUGAUCAAUGGCUUCGUUGGAUUCCAAUUGUAUGAAGAUGGAACACCUCUGUCAGUGUGGAUGAUGCGCAUCAGUUCUCUGGCUGCUUUCGCCAUCAGCUUCCUAGUCUCUCUCGCGACUUUCAAGAGCUGGGCUGGACUUGGACCUACCAACACUGUUGGACUGUUCGUCGUUCUAUAUCUCUUGAAUGCUGUGCAGCUUUUCGUGUACGUGGCCAUGCAGAUUCUGCUCGUGACUAGGACACUGCAGGACCGAUGGCCUCUUGGCGAUAUUGCGUUUGGCAUCUUCUUUUUUGUGGCUGGUCAGGUCCUUCUCUACGCUUUCAGUUCAAAGAUCUGUGUCGCUAUCAGCCAUUAUCUUGACGGCCUGUUCCUUGCGACAGUUUGUAAUUUGCUGGGCGUAAUGAUGGUUUACAAGUACUGGGAUUCGAUCACCAAGGAAGAUCUUGAAUUCUCGGUUGGCACAAGGAUGAACAACUGGGAGGUCAAGGAGCUUCUGCCAGAGGAAGAUCGAAGGGCGACUGUCUUUUCGGAGGAUCCCUAUGCUCGAUCCAGCUCCUAUGAUCUGCCUUACUCGCCAGGCGCGGCACGAUACUCGGCCAAGUACUAA